GAAGUUGUUGAAAAAUCAUUUGUUGUCAAGGUGAUUGCACGGUGCCGGCCCUUUGUUAUUCCACUUGCGUCAGUCCCCUGCUGUUUGCCAGGCCGUUUCCUCACUAUUUUCCAUCUCGACCGGCAGAAUGGAGGACAGAGGCCAAGUACUCGUAGAGACCAAUCUCGAGUGAAUCCCAGCACAAAUGGCUGGGAACAGUGCAGGGCUUGAUGUUGACUGUCUCACAAGACCAUCCCCAGUUGUGUGGCGAUUUCCUCAGUCCAGUUUGAAAGGAUGGUCAGGAGACAACCAGAGCUGUCUACAGGACAUGAAAGGUCAGUGCUGGACUGAUGAAGAUUCUGAUGGAGACAAUGACUCGGACGAGUUCCUGUAUGGGGUCCAGAUACAUGAAUUGGCCCAGUCAGAAAUAUCAACCCAACAGGGUAGCUGUGCAGCUGAUCUGUACCGUCACCCACAGCUUGACGCAGACAUAGAAGCAGUAAAGGAAAUCUAUGGGGAGAAUUCCGUCUCUGUCAGGGAAUAUGGAACGAUCGACGAUGUGGAUGUGGACCUACACAUUAAUAUGAGUUUUCUUGAUGAGGAGAUUGCCACAGCCUGGAAAGUGACGCGGACAGAACCCAUCGUACUCAGACUGAGAUUCUCUCUGUCUCAGUACCUGGAUGGACCUGAACCGUCAGUAGAGGUAUUCCAGCCAUCCAACAAAGACGGCUUCGGUCUUGGACUACAGCUGAAAAAAAUCCUGGGAAUGUUCACCUCACAGCAAUGGAAACACCUGAGCAACGAUUACCUAAAGCAUCAGCAGGAGAAGAGACAGAGCUGGUUUAAGUCAAGUGGAACAAUCAAGAAAUUCCGUUCAGGCCUCAGCUUCUUCUCACCAAUCCCAAAGUCUCCAAGUUUUCCCCUCAUCCAGGAUGCUGUGCUAAAGAGCAAGCUCGGGGUGCCUGAUCUCCGAGUCAAUCGCAUCAUCAACCGUUCCAUCUCCUGUACCAUAAAGCCCCCCAAACCAGAGCUAUUCGGGUACCCCUCUGCCAACCAGGCUGGGAGUCACUGCAAGAACAUUCCAACACUAGAAUAUGGCUUUCUUGUACAGGCCAUGAAAUACGCUGAGCAGAGGAUUCCAACGCUAAACGAAUACUGUGUGGUGUGUGAUGAGCAACAUGUCUUUCAGAAUGGAUCAAUGCUGAAGCCUGCUGUAUGCACACGGGAACUGUGCGUUUUCUCCUUCUACACACUGGGGGUGAUGUCAGGAGCAGCAGAGGAGGUCGCCACAGGAGCGGAGGUGGUUGACUUGCUGGUGGCGAUGUGCCGAGCGGCUCUGGAAUCUCCCAGAAAAAGUAUCAUAUUUGAACCUUAUCCUUCUGUGGUGGACCCCAGUGAUCCCAAAACACUGGCUUUUAAUCCCAAGAAAAAGAACUACGAGAGACUUCAGAAGGCCCUGGAUAGCGUGAUGUCCAUUAGAGAAAUGACACAGGGAUCAUACUUGGAGAUCAAGAAGCAAAUGGACAAACUUGACCCCCUGGCCCACCCACUCUUGCAAUGGAUCAUCUCAAGUAACCGAUCUCACAUUGUGAAACUGCCCCUCAGCAGACAGUUGAAAUUCAUGCACACGUCACAUCAGUUUCUCCUCCUGAGCAGCCCACCCGCCAAGGAGGCCCGUUUUCGCACAGCCAAAAAGCUCUAUGGCAGCACUUUCGCCUUCCAUGGAUCGCACAUCGAGAACUGGCAUUCUAUUCUGAGAAAUGGUCUCGUCAAUGCUUCUUAUACUAAGUUACAACUGCACGGUGCAGCCUAUGGCAAAGGAAUCUAUCUCAGCCCAAUCUCCAGCAUUUCUUUCGGAUACUCAGGAAUGGGUAAAGGCCAGCACCGAAUGCCAUCGAAAGACGAAUUGGUAUUACGCUACAACAGGAUGAACACUAUUCCCCAGGUAACCAGACCCAUUCAGUCAAGAUUUUUACAGAGUCGGAACCUGAACUGCAUAGCACUUUGUGAAGUCAUAACUUCAAAAGACCUUCAGAAACAUGGCAACAUCUGGGUCUGUCCUGUGUCUGAUCACGUCUGUACUCGUUUCUUUUUUGUGUAUGAAGACGGACAAGUGGGAGAUGCCAAUAUCAAUACUCAGGACCCUAAAAUCCAGAAGGAAAUUAUGCGUGUGAUUGGAACCCAGGUUUACACAAGCUGAGCUGCCGCAAGAUGUUUUCGAAAUUAUUCCAAAGGAUUUUUUUUUCCACAGACUUGAGUCCCUAAUCAUUCCUGAACUUCCUAUCCUGGCUUUUUCAAAGACCUUUGUAAAUAUUUUCAACAGAAACGUUUUUAAAGCCAGGAUGAGAGAGAAAAUCAAUCAGAUU